GUUCCUUCUCUUUACUGCCGCCCCUGCCAUAGAUAUUCCUCAGCCAAAGACGCCUUUUGGUGCCCUCCAUUUCCUAUCGUGGCGGUCCACUGCUUUCUAUCUCUUGGUCAAGUAGACAUAUAUGCCCUGCUGGCCAUGGGACCCGCCUCCUGUCAACACCAACGCCGACACUUGCCAAAGCUUUCCCGACCUCCUCCUCCACAACAGCAAAAUCAAUAGUACUAUGGGGGACCGCCACCACCGCAGCAGCACACCCACUUGCAACUAUCACACAACCCUGGAUGAACCACAAAGCACCAGUAGCGAUAGACACCAUGAUCAAACACUCUAUCUUUCUCACACUGCAGCUGAGGACGACAGCAAACCAGGCUUUUCACUAGGGGACUUCGACACUGUAUUCUCAUAUUUGAACCUCGAAAGGACGUUUCUGUCUACAAGGACUGUGGACCAAGAAACGGAGCACCCUGGCACCACACUUGGGAAUAUUUCAAAUGCUCUCCGAUACCUGGCCGCCCAUCGAGUCGCACCCAGCAACCUACAGCAGGUCGCCAACAAAUCUACACCUCCUUAUGACACUUUGUCAAAUCAAUCACUCGACUAUGCGCCAGUAUAUCACCCAGACCAUUUGAUAAUGGAUUCCACCUCUCACUCGAGUGAUGAGCCCCACACAAUGUCAAGUCCCGAUGUUGCAAGCAAAGUCGAUAGAUUAGCCACCAAAGACCCGAGUCAGGAUACGGAGCGAAAGGUUCCUGACGACGACGGUCAUGGUUGUUAUCAGACAACCGCCACCAAGCGACGGGCCCGCAGCAAGCCCAUGAAAAAGGGACUUCUUCCCAUCGACGAGCCUACGAGCGGCUCUGGUGGAGGCUGGGUCUCUUCAGAAUGCGAUCAAAAAGAGGGCGCAGAGCCAAAGCCAGAUCUAGAGCUGGAGCCGGAGCCGGAGCCGGAGCUGAGGCAAAAGCCAGAACUUAUUCCAGAGAUAAGCACGCUUCUUUCCGGAAUCCAUAACACUUUGAAUAAGAGCCAGGCUCCCUCUGCCGACUCUACACGUGCGACUGUCAGCGCCACCACCGCUGUCACGACCGACAAACAUUUGAUCAGAGAUACAGGCCCAGAAUUGAAUAAUCGUACCACACGCACGGCUGUAGCCAAGAAAUGGAGGCCUUGGCAGGCGGCUAAAAUCUUGAAAGAGAUGCAGGCACUUUUCAUCAAGGAGCAAAAGAAACAGCAGGAAAAGCAGGAAAAACAGGAAAAACAACAACAACGAGAACAGGAAAGUCGCCAGGGAAUUCAGGUCGACGAACCGAAACCUACGUCAGCCAAGGGAAAGGAACGAAUACCCGCGGACGAGGAUGUCGAGGAUGUCUACGAACAGUUGCCAGGGCUCAAACCCAUUUUAGCGAGCCGUGAACCUCGGUCCCACUAUCGGAAUUUUUGGAGGGCAUGCACGGAUGAUGAGCGCGAGUCCUGGACCGAACCCACGACUGCCCAGACCGACCUGGAUCUGACGACCUCGAUGCAAUGUCUGAGCGAGGAUCAGGUCGCUGGGAGACAUCUUUUAGCGAUGAGGGUCAGAAACGCUUUUCUGGAGCCCAAGGGCAAGUCGCUUUUGGAAGGAGUAUUGGCCAAGUCGAUGGUCGGUUUCGCUACCGAUGCUACGGAGCAGACGGAGAAUAAAGAGGCAGAGGUAUCCAAGACUAUCAUUUCGGAGAAACCGGACACUGUCUCGACAAAACCUGUUGCCAUAGCCGACCCAAAAGCACAACAGCCAACCCACGUGGAGAAGAGAGUAGCGGUCGUGGAUGUUGUGCCAUUGGAACGGGUGUUUAUCUUUGUGGACAACUCGAACAUCUUGACGGGAUUCUAUCACUACCAGCAAAGGCACGAAGCAAUUCGAAUGGAGGAGGAUGUCGCAAGGAUGGGGUCAAUGGUACCAACGGAUGUGAAACGCACUGAUGACCAGAAAGAAAACCCUACCGAGAGACCACCGCGGUCUAAUGUCCAGGAGACGCCAAUUGAGGGCAUUCGAGGCGUUGAACGGCAAGAUCGAGUCGACACGGACUCGGACGAAGAAAUAAUCGUCUAUCCUCGUCGUCCGCACAUUGCGGCCAAGGUGACUAAACCCUCCGUUGUCAAUGACGAGACCCACUCGGGCUCCGCGAUCGGCUCGACCCUAACGGACCACGCGGAAUGUGAGGUCACCACUGAGCAGUGUGCGAAAUGGCCUCGCCUUCAGAAGCAACCGGCUGUUUCAUCGUCAGGAGCCAGGAUGGUCAAAGGCAAGUUUCCGAAAUUCAAGUACGGAGCAUUUUUCGAUAUAUUAAAGAGGAACCGACCAGUGGCCCGGCAAGUCCUUGUGGGGUCGUCUCCAUUAUUUCAGGAGCUGGAUGCGGCUCUGGAACACAAUUAUGAGGCCAUUAUUCUGAAACGGGUCAAACGAUAUCUCCCAGGCGAGCUCGGCGCGCUUCCGAUACCGGUCAAGAAGCUCCGGUACCCUAGUACGCAGUCAUCAACGACAGGAAACAGGGCCGCGUCUACAGCGGGCCGUGGAGAGAUGAACAAGGAUGAUGUAUGUGGUGGAGCAACGCAAGGACAGACGAGGGGGAAUCAGGCGGAGCAAGGAGUGGACGAGCUUUUGCACUUGAAGAUGCUUGAGACGUUGUUUGAUAACGAGCCAGCGACGAUGGUGCUGGCGACGGGCGAUGGAUGUGUAAGCGAGUUUGGUGGGGAUGGGUUCCGGGCGAUUGUGAGACGCGCACUAGACUUGGGGUGGCAGGUCGAGAUUGUGAGCUGGGACGAGCAAUUGAGCGGUGUGUAUUUGGACCUGGCGCUCGAGUAUGGAUAUAAGGGAGAUGACAGGGAAUCUGCAAAGAAACAGCGCGCGAGGCGUAUGAGGCCGAAUGGUGGAAACAGCAGCCGACGAGGGCAUUUGAGAGUGUGGUGCCUGGAUUGGUAUGGCGACCAGUUUUUCCUAGAAGGAUGAUGAUGAU